AUGGACACCAUAAAAAUAAUACAACAUAACGUAGCACACUGGCAAACUAAUAAAAACACACUCACCAACAUAUACCAUACAAUAAAACCUGACAUCAUCUUAAUAAACAGCCACGGCUUAAAACCUAAUGAGCCACUAAAACUAUAUGGUUAUUCAACACACAAAAUUAACUCAAGUAACGAAAUUAAUGAUGGUAUUGCUAUAUUAAUUAAAUCAAAUAUUAAAUACAAAAUAAGUGAUGACUUUAUGACAGAUGUACUACAAGUAACAAUAGACACAAAUACAGGACCAAUAAAUAUUGCAACCACUUACCUCCCCCCAAGAAGACCUUAUCUUCCAUUCCCAGACAUCCAUAAAUUAACUUCAAACAACACUCCCACAUACAUAAUUGCAGACAUGAACGCUAAACACAAAACACUUGGUGACAAAUACAACAAUACCGUUGGCAAAGGAAUAACAAGAAUGAUUGACGAAAAUAAAUUAAUACAUUUAGGACCUGACUUCCCCACAUACAUAACACAUAACGCAGCUACUUCACCGGACAUCAUACUCACCAACAACAAAAUUUACCAUAAUCAUAUAAUAGAAGCUGGCCCGGUAACCUCAUCUGACCACAUUCCCAUUCUUUUCACCAUCACAGCACACGCAACAACAAAACCAACACCUCUAAAAUACAAUAUGAAGAAAGCAGAUUGGGAGAAAUUUAAAGAAGAAAUAGAGGGAAAAAUGGAGACAUUAGACACCCACCAUGCCACCAAUCAACAAGAAAUAGAGAAUGAUCUACAAAUAUGGUACAAAAUAAUAAAAACAGCAAUGAAUAACAAUAUCCCUCAAAACAAAAUUAAAAUAGAGCUUCAAUCAAUUCAAAAUUCAUAUUUAAAACAGCUGCAAUGGUAUGCCAAAAAUGUAUUAGACGAAGCAAAAUUAAUAGGCUGGAGUUAUGGGAAAUAUAUAACAUUCAAGUUAAUCAAACAAGAAAUUAUCAAAGAAAGCAAAAAACAAAGUAAUAAAAACUGGGAGAAAAAACUAAAUGAUCUUAAAGAAAGCUACAAAAACCCAAGGGAUUUUUGGCAGCAAAUUAAAAAAUUGAAAGGAAAUAAGACCAACACGUCACCCUACAUAAUACACAACAAUAUAAAACUUUACACAGAGGAGGAGAAGGAGGAAGUUUUCAGAGAAAUAUGGAGAGAGGUCUUUCACAUAAGCCCGGAGGAGAAUAGGCUAUUCGAUAGCGAAACUGAGUUAACAGUAAAUCAAUACAUUCUCCAAAACCAAGAACGUUUUAAACCUUGCGAGACAGCAGACCUCAACAGACUAAAUAACAAUUUAUGGCUGACUUCUGAAAUUUCAACUGAAGAGGUAAAAAAUACAAUUAAAACACUGAAAAACAAUACACCAGGCCUAAGUUCCAUCAACAAAAGUAUUUUAAUCAAUAUCCCCGAUCAAGCCCUAAAAAUAUACACCUCAUUAUUAAACACAUCACUAUCAAUGGGAUACUUCCCAAAAAUAUUCAAACACGCAAACAUAAAACUAAUUCCCAAACCCAACAAACCCACCACAGACCCAUCAAACUACCGCCCUAUUUCACUUCUCGAAGUACCUGGAAAAAUUUUUGAAAAAAUAAUUAAUAAAAGAAUAAGAGAAUACAUAGAGGAUAAAAAUAUUUUACCAGAAUGCCAACAUGGGUUUAGAAGUAAUAGAGGCACGGAAACAGCAAUAGCAAUCACGAUAGAAAAAAUAGCCCAAGCAUUGGCAAACAAAGAACAAUGCCAUGUAGUACUCCGUGAUGUAUCUAGGGCCUUCGAUAAAGUAUGGCACAAUGGGCUAAAAUAUAAAAUCAAAAAUAUCCAACUACCAGAAUUAAUAGUUAAAUUAUUGAGUUCCUUCCUAGAUAACAGAACAGCAUCCAUAUCCAUCAACAAUCACAAAGGGAAGGAAUUCAUAAUAAGAAGCGGUGUACCUCAAGGAAGUGCACUCUCACCAACAUUGUAUGCAUUAUACACUCAUGACAUACCAAAACCAUCAGCAAGAAACACAUAUAUACUAUACGCAGAUGACAUAACACAAAUAAUCACAUAUCAAGGCAAAGGAAGAGCAAUGAUGGCAACAAAAACAGCAAGUGAGAUCUUAAAAGUCAACAAAUACGAAAAUAAAUGGAAAAUAAAAACCAACACCAACAAAUUUAAAAUAAUACCACUAGCCACAUAUAAGAAUCAACCUGUUAAAAUAGAUAACGUAACAAUACCUUACUCCAAUGAAGGAUGCAUUCUAGGCUUACAUUUUAACACACAAGGAAUAAGAAAUCACAUAAGACAUCAAAAAAUCAAAGCCAAUAUAGCUCUUAACAACAUCAAAAGAUUUAAGGGAUUGCCUACCAACAUAAAAAUUCAUUUAGUAAAGGCUUGUAUUCUUCCCAUACUAAAUUACCCCUCAUAUCCUCUAAAUAGCCAAUCAAAAACAACAUUAAAAAUACUACAAAAAAUACAAAACAAAAGUCUAAGAUAUGCAUACAACGAAAAAUAUCCUUACGAAAGAAAUACAGAAGAAUUACACACUCUAGCAAAACUAAAACCGUUAAACGUAAUAAUACAAAAAAGAGGAAAUAAUAUAAAAGAGAAACUAAUCAAAGAAUUAAAAGAUAAAAAUUACAAAGAAAUUAUCCAAACACUAAACAAUAGAGAACACGGAUGGUUCCGAAAACCUAUACUACAAAUAAACAAAGGAAUACCAACACCCCUGUAUACAUAG